AUGCAACCUCUGCUCGUUCACUAUUGCAAUAUUUGCACCUAUAACACGACUGUUCCCUUCACAGCUUCCGUCUUUUCCGAAAAUCAAUCUUGCUCACACUGCGGAACGAUAUCAGCGGGCAUCAACGUUCGAGGAAAGCAAGAAGAGGAAACAAACAUGCAGCAGGAAGAGCUUGCAAGGCUGUUUUCAGCCAACUUGACCCUCUCCCAAGCCCAGCCCCAAUAUACCCCCUCCCCUCCCCAACCCGAGCAGCAGAUCGAGCCAGUGCACCAACAGCAGGAACAACAACAGAGAGCGAGCUCUUCAGCGAUAGUCUACGCUUCUCAGCACUACACACACACACACCACGUCGUCCCUAUCCGUCAUAUCCCGAAAGAAUCUGUAAAGACUCACAUUGAUGCAUCAGAGCUAGAAGGCAUCCUCCUCCGUAACAGUGUCAAUCCUAGACUCCUCUUCCCUUCCCAGAUUGACCUCUUCAAGAACGCAGAUGAUGACCAGCGUCUUCGUCUCCUGGAGCUUUGGCGCAUCUCCCCUCCACAGGGCAGGCAGGGGUUUCCAGCGGGUGUGGACUACAACAUUUCUAGGCAGCUCUAUGAUUGGCCACCAACAAGUCUGGCUCAGGAGGAAGCCAUGGCAAAGUUGAGGUAUGAGAGGAUGAUUGACGAGCGUGCUCAAGCGGAGGAUAUUCAGAGCCACCAACAACAGUUGAAUCAGAGCAUGGAUGAUGGUAUGGGAUCUGCAGCCGUGCAGGCGACACGUGACCUCCUCACGUCUUCCCCUGACACAAGAAGUGCAGAGCCUUACAUUGUCUCAGGAUACGAUAUGCUGGCAAAUCGAGAGUAUGAGGAAUCGGCAAAGGCCGCGGUAAAUCACCUCAGGGAAUCGACGAGGUACAACCAGGCAACCGACCCUGUUUACAACAAUGCUGGCGGUCACGGUGGCUUAUGGGAAAAGAACGUAGGAAGCAUCUUGGAUAUGGAAAAUCAAUACGGAGCCUUCGCUCAAGCGAGGGAUCGGGAUGUUCAGUCGGUGUAUGCCGACGAUGAAAUGGUCAUGUAA